CCUACCUCACUAUCUAUGUAUAUAUAUAUGCCACAAUGUGAAGCAAGAGAGACAACCAGUUCUUAUACAGAAGCUGAGGAUGGCUUGCCUCCAAAGGGCUUCGCCGGCAUUGAAGGAGGUCUUGUUCAAAUUGCACCGUGCUGAAAUCCCAAUGGAGAUUGAUCAUCAUAUACAUGAAUUUGGAUCGGUCCAAUACCAUAUCCAGGCUUCUCAAUCAGACCCUCAUAAUGUCUACUUGUCAGUAUCAACCCCAAUACUGUCAAGAGGGAUCUUGCUUUGUGAUGGACUUCCACCUAGGACUUUACAGACUGUACAAAGAACUUGUCCUAGCAUUAUUGAGAUCGCCGAACCCCCUAAAGGAGGAUAUCAACUUACUCUAAGACUCAAGUUUGAUAAGAUUCCACAUGGCAAAGAAAGUGUGAAGGUGAUCACAGACAUUUCCGCGGUGCAAGCAGUAAUAUUGAGCUCACAGCUGAAAGAAAUGUUGUGGAAUCUUGGUUCCCAGGAUAUCUCUCUAGUGAUGUACAAGCCCGUCAAACUUAUUUAUCAUCCAAGAGAGCCUUUCUUUAUUAUCAGAAUGCCAAAGAAGAUCACUGCAGUAUUUCCUAUGCGCUUCAGAGACAACACAGAUGUGAUUAUUGCGACAACCUUCUUCCAGGAACUCAUGGAUGUGGGAUCUUCAGCAGAAUGGGCUAAAGCACCUCCUUGCGCCUGGUCGCCCAUUCCUCCUCCAGAGUUAAGAGGAGAGACUUUCGAAGAUCUGAGCACAAAUGGAGGAUUUGUCUCCUUUGAUAUUUUUUCACGUCAUGUUGAAGGAGAAAAGCUUGACAGGACUGCAUGGAGUCUAUUGAACUUCUAUGCUUAUGUGAAGUAUCAUGUAAAGUGUACCCGAGGCUUUAUACAAAGAAGGAUGAGGAAGCGUUUGGAAAAUCUGGCGCAUGUCCUGCAGGAAUCAGGGAUAAGAGAAGAUGUACAGAAUAAGGAAGUCCAAGGGUGUAAGUACAUGAGGAAAGUGCUAACCUUCUCAAAAUCAAAAAUCUUUAAAGGGAAGUGUUACAGUUUUGGCAAGAAGAUCAAGAGAAUCCAUUCCCCAAUUAAAAUUCAUGCAUUCACUCGAUUCCGUCGACGAUUGUUAAAAAUUCCAAAAUUUUAUUCCUUGAGGAGAUAUAGCAAAUUAGACUAAUUCUAAUAAUGCCCCAAAUUAUGUUUCCUUGCAGUCCUAACUUCAUGAUCUGUAACAUAUUGAAUGUAUGCUACCAAUUUGUUGACUGUAACAGUAUUGAAGCAACCACAUAUAAACCAGUAUUGAUUUCAGAUGAUAGACUUAUGCCUAGCUGAGUUAUGUUA